UAAAAUAGGCAAGAGUAACAUAAUGCAAACGAUUACACGAGAGUCGCGUGAUCUACACACGCGUGCACGGUCCGUCCCUUUGCCGAGCCGCAUGCGUCAGUCGUUUGACGUGGAUCAGCUGAUAGCGGCCAUCGAGAGGGCGUUGCGCUCGAGCAACAUGGCGGCGUGCAUCGUCACUGUCCGCCGCUGCGAUAGUUCGCUCGUCGUGUGUCCGUUCCGUACCGUGCAACGCGUUCCGAUUCUUACGUACGCGACGUUACGCGUUCUUCAGAAAGGCUACGUACAUCGCGUAACCGGCGCGUGGAGUCGCUGACAGACGUGAAUUCCGCGACGAGCCAGGAUUGCGAGCGAGCGAGCGAGCGAUAACGCCAGCCGAAUGCCAGAUUGUUAGGUUAUGUCGUCUAACCUGAGCUACGCCGGGAUGAAUAGUCUCUGCAGGAACGUGUCGAGGAGCGUGCACACCUCGUGCGCGCUGCUGAAAGAGACUCCGCAAAAUCUGAAGGGCAAGAAGCACAGCUCGCAGCAGUGGCUGACGAGGCAGCUGCGGGAUCCUUACGUGGAGAAGGCGAAGCAGGAGAAGUACCGGUGCAGGAGCGCGUUCAAGCUCUUGGAGAUUCAAGAGCGCUUCAAGAUUUUCAAGCCGGGCCAGAACGUCGUGGACUGCGGAGCGGCGCCGGGCAGUUGGACCCAGGUGGUGGUAAACGCGAUCAAUGCGCUGGGCAAGGCGGACGGUCCCGUCGGCAGGGCGUACGCGGUAGACAAGCUUCCGUUUUACCCGGUGGAGGGUGCGGUCACUUUGGGCAACAUGGACUUCACGUCCGCCAAGACGCAGGAUAUGCUGCGCGAAUCGAUGCAGGGCGUCAAGGUGGACGUGGUGCUCUCUGACAUGGCGCCGAACGCGAGCGGCGUGAGGGAGAUCGACCACGACAAUAUAAUACGCCUGGCGUACAGCGCGAUGAAAUUCGCGCUGCGGGUCAGCCAGCCGGGCGGCACGUUCGUCGUGAAGGUGUGGGACGGCAGGAAGUCGCAGCAGUUGGAGCAGGACCUCCUGAGGUUUUACAACAGGGUCAAGAUAGUCAGGCCGGACGCCACGAGAGACGAGUCGACGGAGAUGUUUCUCUUGGCCAGGGAAUUCAAGGGACUCAAGACGCGGGUUGACACUAGUGCGACCGACGUCUCUUCCGCGAAUUAACGGCGCGAUUUUCUUUCUUUCCAUGGUAGAAACUACUGAAAUAUAAGUGUACUGGAAGAGGCACUGCCAAUUGACGCGUACGGGCGAGAAACAUGCCUGAGAUAGAUGGAUGUUUAAGGCAAUCUAUCUCUUACGCAGAAAAGAAAAAGUUAAUCUAUCUACAGAUCAAUGAUGGGUAUUCUCAUAUAUAUAUAAGCAAGGAUAUUAUAAUAUUCUUCGAUCUUCAGUCUGAAAUUGAGCGCAAUACUCGCGUCAGUACAAAUCCAAUCGAAUCAAGAUGAAAAAGUCUUCUAAGGAAAUUAUAAUAUUCUUGCUUAUGUGAGAAUAUCUAUCGUUGAUUGAAGACUAAUUUUUUCCCGCGUACUUUCGCUUAUCCCCUUCUAACGAGAGCGACGCAUAUAUGCGCACUUCAAAGAGAGGAUGUUCGAAAAGAAGUUGGCCCUACGUCUGUUUCAUUUUUCCAAGUCUGGUGCUUUUUCCAAUAUGUCAAUUUUAACGGUAGAAACGCGCGAGAAUACGUGUAGAAAGCAGGCGGGUAUUGUGAAUGAAUAAAGAAACGACGGAAUAUUUUUUUGGUA